AUGGCUUCCCAAUUCUACUUGAAGACUUCGCAAGAUAUAGAACUGUUCCAAGGGUACCCUGAGUUCCAACAGUUCUCCAGCGAGGACGGCACUCAGGACGCCAUCAUUGCCUCUUUGCUCUCGCCAUGCGGGAGGUUCGUCGCCUUCUCGACGAAAACCGCGGUCAAAGUGUUCUCGGGCGAGAAACUCAAUCGGUUGCUGGUACAGUUGCCCAUCGGUGACGUCUACGACCUCAAGUUCUCUCCAGCGGGGAACUUCUUGUCCACUUGGCAGAGACCAAGGAUCAAUGAGGACCAAUUCCAGAACGUCAAGAUCUGGUACUUGAACACAACGUUCCCCGCUGGCGAAACACCCGUGCCAGUGUACGAGUACAUUUACAAGUCGCAGAACGCUUGGACUAUACAGUUCUCGAAAUUAGACAACUUCGCGAUUAGACUGUUCGGGAAACAGCUUAAGAUCAUUAAGUUGGAUUUCUCGAAACUUAACUUCAAUUUCAACGAUCCAUUCGCGACACUGGACCAACCACAGGAUAACCAGAACUUCACCGUGUACCAAGUCUCACCUGCAGAGUUCCCCACCAUUUGCACUUUCACGCCGGAGAAGUCCGGGAAACCAGCACAGUUGACCAUCUGGCCCAUCACCCAAGGUGCCAUCACAAAGAAGAUCGCCAGCAAGACUUUCUUCAAGGCGGACUCAUGUCAAUUGAAGUGGAACCAGCAGGGGAACGCAGUGUUGUGUCUCGCGAUCACGGAUUUCGACGCCCAAAACAAGUCCUACUACGGUGAAAACACCCUGUACUUGCUCUCCUUCCAGGGGGUCAACGGGACCCUCGGCGGGAACUCUGUGCGUGUCUCGCUGACAAACGGACCUGUCCACGACUUCACUUGGUCCCCCACUUCUAGACAGUUCGGUGUCAUCGCUGGGUACAUGCCUGCAACGGUCACUUUCUUCGACAUGCGCGGCAACGUCGUCCAUUCUUUGCCCCAACAGUCCAAGAACACGAUGCUCUUCUCCCCCACGGGCAGAUACAUCCUCAUCGGUGGGUUCGGGAACCUCCAGGGUGCAGUGGAGAUCCUCGACCGUCACGACAAGUUCAAGUCCGUCACCAAAUUCGAGGCAACGAAUACCUCCGUGUGCAUGUGGUCCCCCGGCGGAGAGUUCAUCCUCACAGCAACGACGUCCCCACGGCUCCGCGUGGACAACGGGAUCAAAGUGUGGCACGCAUCGGGGACACUUGUCUACACGAAGGAGUUCAAAGAAUUGCUCAAAGUUGACUGGAGGAACCCGUGCCCGUUCAAGAUCACAGCGGACGACCACAUCGUCAGGGACUUCAACUUCAGCGACCUCGUCGACGCGGAGAAGAUCGCAUUGGACCCAAAAUUGAACAGGACGCAACUCCAAGUGCACGAGUCCGCGGUAGCAUUCCAGGCCAAGAACAAGAGGCCAGCAUCCUCCGCUGGGAAAACCGCCGGUGGGUACAAACCACCACACGCUAGAAGAGCAGACGCCAACGGCGGUCAGAGAACCGUCCCCGGGGUGACCGCGAACGGCAAGCAGAAAGCAGCCGUCGCGGCGUCCACCCCACCGGCAAGCGCCGCGUCCACGAUGUCUCCAGAGGAGAAGAAGUUGAGAUCGUUGCUGAAGAAACUAAGAUCCAUUGAGGCAUUGAAGCAGAGACAGGUGGACGGCGACAAGCUCGAGGACACACAGCUGUUGAAGAUCGAGACGGAACCAAAGGUCCUGCAGGACCUACAGGCUCUAGGCUGGAGGCAAGAAUAA